AUGAGUUACCACGUUCUGCCAGCACUGAGGAAUUACUGGUCGACUCUGCCUGAUCUGGGUGUUCCAUACGUUUCCAAUGUUAUGCCACUUCACCGCUUUGAGCAAAUCAGGGGUGCCCUCCCCUUUGCAAACAACGAGUGUCAGCCCGACAGACGCGACCCAAGGUUCGACAGGGCUUAUAAAGUGCGACAUCUGAUCACUCACUGUAACGAAGCGUUUCAAGCGGCACUAGCCCCUCCAAAGCGUCAGUCUAUAGACGAGCACAUGAUGAAAUUCAAGGGGCACAACAACAUCAUGAAACAAUAUAUAAAAAAUAAGCCUAUCCGCUGGGGGUUCAAGAUGUGGUGCCGCUGUGACUCUGAAACCGGAUACCUCUUUCAGUGUGACAUGUACACGGGGAAGAAGCCGGAAGUCAUGGAGAUGGGACUUGGUAAAUCUGUCGUGGUCCAGCUCACUAGUACCCUCGAGGGCCUCGGAUGCGAAUUCUUUUUCGACAAUUUCUUCAAUCCACCAGCCCUCCAGCUUCAACUUUCUGAAAGAGACAUAAAGGCAUAUGGUACUGUACGUGCCAAUCGAAAGGGUAUGCCGAAAGCAUUUCCCAGUCACAAAGACAUGAAACGAGGGGACAUAGCAUCUUUCUCCGCUGAUGGCAUUUGCUGCGUCAAAUGGAUGGACAACCGUGCAGUUCUAAUGCUUUCUGCUAAUGCUUUCUAA